AGUGCAGGCUUCACUGCUUGAAACUCUAGUGGUAAAGCUACCGCCAUUAUGGCUAUUCCGAGGCAUUCCCUUCGUGGCUUUCUUGCCUACGCCAAAGGCGCUCUCCGGAGCUCAAUUGAUUCGAGCCAGAGAGUUACCCUCGUAAUUGGGAACGAAUCAGCUGAUCUCGAUUCCAUGACUUCUUCGGUCUUGUAUGCAUACCUUCGUUCUAUGGCGCCGCCACACAAUGCCUUCACACAGCUCUACAUUCCUGUGACAAACAUACCUUCCUCAGGCCUUCGGCUUCGUCCCGAGUUUCUAGCGCUGUUUACAUACGCCAAUAUCGAACCAAGCCAUCUGAUAACACUUGAUGACCUUCCUGACCUGUCUGUCAUACAGUCGAAGCUUCGUCCCGAGAACACAAGAUGGAUAUUGGUUGAUCACAAUGCCCUCCAAGGCCAACUGGGCCAAAUUUACUCCGCUCGCGUGGAAGGGGUGAUUGACCAUCACGAAGAUGAAUCCAAAGUACCAGAAGAUACGGGUUGUGAGCCUCGCGUAAUCACUAAGUCUGGCAGCUGCACUAGCCUUGUCACUGAAUAUUGUCGGGAGGUCUGGGACUUGCUCUCGGGUUCCGGGACUUCGUCGGGCGCUGCUCACGGACAAGGACACGGCUUGUCAGAUGAUGUUGCUGUUGUCAAAUUUUGGGAUGCACAGAUUGCCCAAUUAGGACUUGCCAGCAUUCUCAUUGAUACAGCAAACCUCGAAUCCGAAGACAAGACAACCGAACACGACAUCCGAGCAGUCGAAUAUCUGGAAGCUAAGAUCAUAUCUUGUCCUCAGCUUUCAGCCGAGUUUGACCGCAGCUUGUUCUAUAAACGUAUUGAUUCUGCGAAAAAGGACAUUGCAAAGUUAAAGCUGCAUGAUAUACUAAGAAAAGACUUCAAGCAGUGGAACGAAGGGAAUCAAAAGCUCGGUAUCAGUUCAGUGGUGAAGCCUAUUGAAUUCAUACAAAAAAAAGCAUGCGAGGAAGCAAAUACCCAACCCUUCGAACCAGCUCACCUUGAAGCGCUACAAAAGUUUUGCAAGGACCAGGACCUUGACCUGUAUGCUGUCAUGACCACCUCAACAUCUCCGGAAGGCCAGUUUCAGCGGGAGCUCCUGGUUUGGGCUUUCAAUGAUGACGCCAUCUCAGCAGCGAAGAAAUUUGCCGCUGAUGCCAACGAAGAACUGGGACUUGAGGAGUGGUGCGACUCAGACGGCAAUGCUCAUGAGAAUAGUAGUGAUGGGCACUGGAGAAAGGUCUGGUGGCAAAGAAAAGUACAGCACAGCAGGAAACGUGUCGCUCCUUUGCUCAGGGAAGCCAUGCAACAAGCGCAUAACGGCGGUUGGGCAACGUGA